CCCCUGCCAUUCAAAAUCAAAUCAAAAUAAGAAAUCAAUCCACCCACAAUCAUCUCUCCAUAAAUUGUUUUCAGAUCGCUGGAAGUAUGGCAUCAGCGUCUAGCAGCAGCGCAAAAAAUCUUUUCAGCGACUCCAAACGCAGACUAGCGGAACGGGUAGUGGUGAACGUGAACAAUGCCUCCUCCGUGGCUCGGCAGAUCGUCCGAGGGUCCAAAUCGAACGAGAUCCUGAUGCAGGCGGCCAAAAACUUUGCCUACCACGAGAGCUCGGUCGAUAACAGUAUACAGAAUUUGAAGAAAAUGGAAAUCAUCUUCCAGCAUCUGAACUACCAGCAGGAAGCGAUCGCGCAGGCUGCCGACAAGCUGGAAUACGUCGAGGAGCAGGUGAAGGCGAUGGAGAGGUGAUGAAGCAUCGUGAUAUUCUCGUGGAAAACCCAUUUUUCAUCCAAAGAGCAUAAAUCGCAUAAAUCGCAUAAAUCGCGAAGUUCCAAGAAACCAAGGCUACCGUAGCGCCCUCUAUAAACAGUCAGGCAACGUCAACUGUCAACAAUUUCCGCCAAAAACGGCAUCGAAACAAAGCGCUCGCGAGCAGAUGAGAUCAUGUUCGCGAUUGAAUCUCGGCAAACAUGUGUAAUUUUGUGAAGGAGUUUGGAAUAAAACCACUGCUCCCGUAGAGCCGUUCG